AUGUGGACUCAUGAGCAGUUUCUUUCGUAUAGCUUAAACCACAUAUAUGAACCUUUACAGGCAUGGAACUUGUGGAAUGAAGACAGGGGAUUGGAGUUGGUAGAUGAAAUAUUGGGUGAUUCAUAUUCCUCAUCGGAAGUAUUGAAAUGCGUGCAAAUCAGGCUUCUCUGUGUACAAGACAAAGCUGUGGAUAGGCCAACCAUGGCGGAUAUAGCUUUGAUGUUAAGUAGUGAGAAAGAUGGUCCACAACCUAAGAUGCCUGUAUUCACUAUCCAAAACUCAGCUUUUCAUCCUCAACCACACUCUGAGGAUACUAAUUCCUCCAAAAAUGAAGCUAGCAUUACAAUGAUUGAAGGUCGAUAA